AUGAAGGCCCUUCAGUCACUACGAGAACUCCUUCUUAAUCAGGAUAUACACAUAUCAUUAUCACAGAAGAUACGGAUCGCGCGUGAGCUGGUGAAGGCAGUCAACUAUGUACACACAUUCGACUUUGUACACAAGAAUAUACGGCCUGAGUCUGUCCUGUGCUUUGAAGACACAUCACGAAGCCAUGCCUUUUUGGUUGGGUUCGACGCCUUCCGUGCAGCAAGUUCUGACACAAUGAUGGGCGGUGAUAUGAGCUGGGAUCGUAAUGUUUAUCGUCACCCGUCCAGCCAGGGUAGGGAUCCGACUGAGAGAUACUGCAUGCAGCACGAUAUCUACAGCCUUGGGAUCUGUCUCCUUGAGAUUGGUCUUUGGGAGUCAUUUCUCGAAUAUACAGAUGAUGAAGAAUUCACCAGCCCCCCCUAA